UUUGCAUAGUCAGAGAAUGUAAUGUAAAUAUAACCUAUAUUUAAGAAAUUAUUCACUUUUAUAAUGUACAGAUUCUUGUUGAACCACGUGUUAAAUUCAACGAAGAGAAAUUUCAAAACAAUGUCCUUGGUGAAUGGAGUAAAUGGUCAUGGUUAUUCUCAAAACACAUUUGAUUUAGAAGUAAAUAGAAUAAUAUGGGUGGAUAUGGAGAUGACAGGUUUAGACUUGGAAAAAGACAAAAUAAUGGAGGUUGCAUGCCUAGUGACCGAUUCUGAGUUAAAUAUUGUAGCAGAAGGUCCAGACAUUAUAAUACAUCAACCUGAGGACUUACUUCGUAAUAUGGACGAGUGGUGCAUCAAUCAACAUGGAAAAACUGGGUUAACGCAAGCUUGUUUGAAAUCUAAUGUAACUGUAGAAGACGCCGAAAACGCACUACUUGACUUUGUGAAGAAAUACGUAACUGAACGUCACAGUCCCUUAGCUGGUAACAGCGUUUAUAUGGACAGAAUGUUUUUGAAGAAGUUCAUGCCUAGGUUAAACGAAUAUCUACAUUACCGAAUAAUAGACGUCUCGACAAUUAAAGAAGUUUGUAGAAGGUGGAAUCCGGCGUUAUAUAAGCAGCUACCGAAGAAAGAAUAUAGCCACAGGGCUCUACAGGAUAUAAAAGAAAGCGUGGAGGAGCUAAGGUUUUAUAAAACUAACUUUUUUAAAAGCUGCUAGUAGUACUGUUUCUUUUUUAUCGCAAAUGGGCAUUGUCCAUUUGUUGUAAAAAAGACACAGGUUAGAUAUAAGAUAUUUUAACUUAAGGGGAAACGCCACUUUCGAUGUUGGAAAUAGGGGAUUUUGGGGAAUAGUCAAAGAAAAAUCGAUACAAGGAACAAAACGGCUCUAUUGUACAGCUUUUCAUGCAUUAUUGUGAAUUUUUUCAAACGGUUUUUAUUCAGAAUGGCAAGCAGCGACACCUUUUUUUCAAAGGGCUGUAUCGUUUGAUUUGAGACUCAUCUGGUCUAUAAUAGCUAUAGCGUGUCUUAUAAUAAGCAUGGACGUUUUUCCUUUAUUCACAUAAUGAAGCAUUGUUCAAAUCAUUUACUGAAAAAUAUGUUUUUCAAAACUCUAGAGUGGCUGUAUCCCUUAUGUGUGUAAUAUUAUUUUUCCAAUAAAAUAGUGGGAAAAUAGGUAUAUUAUUUUUCGCAAAACCCUCACCUUUUUUAAAUAUUCAUUUUACUUAAAUGUAAUGGUUUUUGAAUUGGACCAAAACUUAUAUUUCAUACAUGCUAAAAUUAACAGAAAAAAAAACAAAAAUGGUGAAAGAAUCUUUUAUUAUCUAUUAAUUUAUUAAUUGGUGGAUAUUUUAACAACGAAAAUGAAUUAUUAAAAUAUAUGUAAACAUUUUGGUAUUAUUUUUUUUCUAAUUGAUUU